CGGUUGGUGGCAGCGGCGGUGGUGGUGGCGGUGGCCUGGACGCCUGGAGGCUCAUUGGUGGUGGGCCAACUUGUGCUUCCCGGAGUGCAUGGGCGUGGGCCCUAGCGGCUGGAGGGGCUGAGCGUCCCCGCAUCAUGGAGGGCGCCGAGCCCCGUGCGCGGCCCGAGCGCCUGGCCGAGGUUGAGGCGCGGGCGGCUGAAGGCGUCCGCCUGGUGGAGGUGCAGCUGAGCGGAGGCGCCCCUUGGGGCUUCACCCUGAAGGGCGGCCGCGAGCAUGGCGAGCCUCUGGUCAUCACUAAGAUUGAAGAAGGAAGCAAAGCUGCAGCAGUCGACAAGCUACUAGCUGGAGAUGAGAUCGUGGGUAUCAAUGAUGUGAAUCUCUCAGGGUUCAGACAAGAAGCAAUUUGCCUGGUGAAAGGCUCCCACAAGACCCUGAAGCUUGUGGUCAAAAGGAAAAGUGAUCCGAGUUGGAGGCCUCACUCCUGGCAUGCCACCAAGUUCUUCGAUACCCACUCUGAGCCAGCAGCCUCACUGUUUCUGAGCACCAGUGGUUCCCCUUCCUGGAAGAGCCAGCACCAGGCUAGUUCUUCCUCCCAUGAUUUGUCUGGCUCGUGGGAGCACACAAGCCUACAGCGCACUUCUGACCACUUCAGCUCUGUGGGCAGCAUAGAUAGCCUGGACCAUAGCUCCCAGCUCUACCCAUCUGGACACCUGUCAUCUGCCAAGUCCAACAGCAGCAUUGACCACCUGGGUGGCCACAGCAAGCGAGAUUCGGCUUAUGGCUCCUUUUCUACCUGUUCCAGCACCCCUGACCAUACCUUGCCCAAGGCCGAUGCCUCUUCCACUGAGAACAUUCUCUACAAAGUUGGCCUCUGGGAGGCCUCCAGGCCAGGCAACAGCCGGCCAAGCCAGUCUGCAGGUGAUCCUCAGGGACUACAGGACAGGCCAUGUUUCACACCCAGGGUUCUUGGUAACAGCAGUAAAAGCCCAAGACCAGAGGAUAAUGUUGAGCCCAAAACAACCACUUCUGGAAGAUCCAGUUUUGGACCAGUUUGGUAUAUCCCUGACAAGAAAAAAGCCCCUUCUUCUCCUCCCCCGCUUGCACCGCCUUUGCGCAGUGAUAGCUUUGCUGUGGCAGCCAGGGGCCAUGAAAAGGCACGGGGCCCUCCAUUUUCAGACUUGGCCAGUAUGCAGCACUUUACCACACUGCCCCAAGUGCAACCCCGGGGGGACCGCAGACUGGAAACUACUGAUCGACAGUGGAGGCUGGCACACCCAAGCAGUGGCAAAGAAAUAGGAAGUUUGGGUUACCAGCAAGAAGGCCACCUGGAUUGCCAUUGGCUAUCCUCUGAUGAUAGAGCAGGUGGACCCUCAGGGGCUCCAGGCAGGCACCACUUCUCCCUGUCCAGCACAGAUGUGCGCUUCCUGAAGUCUUACCAUGGAAGCCACCACCCACGGCAGUGCAGUGAUGAGAGCCCAAGGGUCCCCUUAUCACCAAGGGAGCUGCCUCGUAUGACUCCUGGUGGAGGUCUGCAGGAGCCUCCUGUACCAUCCCAGGAUGACAGCCCUGCUCAGGUGAGGUGGUCUGGUUCUACCAACCAGAAGCUGGAUGACAGAGGGCGGAGCCACUAUUUUUCUGUGCCCCACAGGCAGCCUGUGCAGGGGAAUGCCCAGGUUGUGAUACCCCGAGGUAACUAUUGGCAUUCAGACACAACUCCUGUGGACCUUGAAUAUCCUCUCUUGCGCCCAGUGGGCCAGAGGUGCUACCUACAACAGCAUGAGGAGACCCUGGUCUCUCAUGAAAGAGAGGGGUAUCAACAGCUGGAUGCAGGGAUUGAAGGCUGCUGCUCAGAAAUCCAAGAGCCUCCUAAAGCCAGCCACACUGUGAAAGCUGAUGACUUCAAGUUGGUGGAUGGAGACAGUGGGAGAAUUUCUCGUCAAAGGACACCCAUGCUGCACUCUCUGACCCAAGAUGGCACAUGGAGACCCGAGAACAGUAAGGAUUGUGGAAAUGAGAAGCCACCACUGCUUGAUACCCAGAUGGGUAAACCCACACGAAGGAGUGACCGUUUUGCCACAACACUGAGGAAUGAGAUCCAGAUGCGCAGAGCAAAGCUGCAGAAGAGCAAGAGCACUGUGACACUGGCUGGAGACAGUGAGACUGAGGACUGUGCUGGAGACUGGAGAGCUGAUGUGGGGGCUGUCCCAGAAGGUUCCUUCCCCAGCACCUAUAAAGAGCACCUGAAGGAGGCCCAGACACGAGUCCUGAAGGCCACCUCCUUCCAGCGCCGUGAUUUAGAUCCCACCCCAGCAGAUCAGUAUUCAGGACAAUCAGAACACAGGACUUGUGACCAAACUGCUGUAUCUUCUUUGUCUUCUUUCCCUGGGGAGUCAGACUCUGUCCCCCGCCUCUGUGAGGCAGGUCUGGCCAAGCCACCCUCUUCUGGAGGUGGUGUGUCUCACGUUCUUCGAAUUGGAGGCCGGAAACGGUUCACAGCAGAACAGAAACUGAAGUCCUAUUCUGAGCCAGAGAAAAUGAAUGAAGUGGGUCUCUCAGGGGACCACAGUCCUCAUCCUAAUGUCAGGACACCUGAGGAUACUGUGGGUACAUUUGCUGACAGAUGGAAGUUUUUCGAGGAAACAAGCAAAUCUCUUCUCCAGAGGCCAAGCCACAGGCAAGCUGUCUGUGGGCUCUCAAGAGAGAAGGCUGAGAGGCCACAGACAGGGGGCCAUGAGAGUACAGAGUCCUGGUUCCAGAAGAGGUCACAGGCUACCUCCUGUGGAGAGAUCCCCAGUGAUGACAGAAAAGUAGAAAAGGCCUCUGAGAAAUUGAAUCCACCCAGAAGGCUUGGAACCUUCGCAGAAUAUCAGGCAUCUUGGAAGGAACAGAGAAAACCUCUGGAAGCCAGGAGUUCUGGGCGGUACCACUCAGCAGAUGAUAUUCUAGAUGCUGGUCUAGAUCAGCAGCAGAGGCCACAGUACAUUCAUGAACGGUCCCGGUCAUCACCGUCCACAGAUCACUACUCACAGGAAGUGCCUGUCGAGCCAAACAGGCAGGCAGAGGACUCUGGUGGGCACAAAGAAGCACUUCAGUGUACACUGCAGGCUGAGGAGGGAUGCUCUGCUCCAAGCCCCUCUGUGCUCAGCAGUGCCCAGCCACAAGACAGCCAGCAUGUGAAUGAGGAUACAACUUUCCCUCAGCCAGAAGCCCAGCUCUCUUCCAAGUGUCGACAGCUACAGACAUCAACCAUGGAAACCUCUCGCUCCCCUUCACCCCAAUUUGCCCCACAGAAGCUGACAGAUAAGCCUCCCCUGCUUAUCCAUGAAGACAACUCAGCAAGCCCUUGUCUUUGCAGAAUUGAGCGGGUGAUGGACAACAACACCACUGUGAAGAUGGUGCCCAUAAAAAUUGUACACUCAGAAAGCCAGCCCGAGAAGGAGAGCCGCCAGAGUCUCGCAUGCCCAGCCGAGCUGCCUGCCCUGCCCAGUGGGCUGGAGAGGGACCAGAUCAAGACAUUGAGUACAUCGGAGCAGUGCUACUCCCGCUUCUGUGUGUACACACGACAGGAGGUGGAAGCCCCUUAUAGAGCCCGCCCUCCAGAGCCCCGGCCUCCCAGCACCCCUGCACCUCCUGUCAGAGAUAGCUGUUCUUCCCCUCCCUCACUCAACUAUGGGAAGGCCAAGGAGAAGACUGAGGAUGACUUGAAGUCUGAAGAAUUAGCCAGAGAGAUUGUGGGAAAGGACAAGUCAUUGGCUGACAUCUUGGACCCCAGUGUGAAGAUCAAAACCACCAUGGAUCUGAUGGAGGGAAUUUUCCCCAAAGACGAGUACCUUCUGGAGGAAGCUCAGCAGCGGAGGAAGCUGCUUCCCAAAGUCCCCUCACCUAGAGUCACAGAGGACAAGAAACAGGACUCAGGUGUGCCAGGGGUCGUGUCCUUGGCCACCAAUUCUGCCUAUUACAGCACAUCAGCCCCCAAGGCAGAACUGCUUAUCAAGAUGAAAGACCUACCGGAGCCUGAGGAGUAUUCAGGGGGUGACUUGGACCAUGACCUGUCAGUUAAGAAGCAAGAGCUCAUCGACAGUAUCAGCCGCAAGCUGCAGGUGCUCCGGGAAGCCCGUGAAAGCCUGCUGGAGGACAUCCAAGCCAAUAAUGCUCUGGGGGAUGAGGUGGAAGCCAUUGUGAAAGAUGUCUGCAAACCCAAUGAGUUUGACAAGUUCCGGAUGUUCAUUGGGGACCUGGACAAAGUGGUGAACCUCCUGCUGUCACUGUCAGGCCGCCUGGCCCGUGUAGAAAAUGCCCUCAAUAAUUUGGAUGACAGUCCUUCUCCUGGAGAUCGGCAGUCACUAUUGGAGAAACAGAGAAUCCUAACCCAGCAGCAUGAGGAUGCCAAGGAGCUUAAAGAGAACCUGGACCGUCGCGAGCGCAUUGUGUUUGACAUCCUAGCCACCUACCUCAGCGAGGAGAACCUGGCUGACUAUGAGCACUUCGUGAAGAUGAAGUCAGCCCUUAUCAUUGAGCAGCGAGAGCUGGAAGAUAAAAUCCACUUGGGUGAAGAGCAGCUCAAGUGCUUGUUCGACAGCCUACAGCCUGAGAGAAGCAAAUGAGAAGCCCAUCCCUGCAGAAGUUGGACACUGAGCCUUGGAGAUUAAUGCCUGGGAAUAUAAGAGUGAACCCAAGCCUAUUUGCCCAUCUUUGGAGAGACACACUCUGGAGCCACAAGACUAGUAAAAAAGCAAUAAUGUCCUGUUAGUAUGUGAUGAUUUAUUUAUGUUUUUCAUUUCUCUUGGUUUGCUGAGCAGAGUUUUGUAUUACACGUGACUUCACAGAAUGCCAGGCUUUGAUGGUCAGCAGGGUCCCCUAGGAUAUCCAAAGGCUGGGCCCACAAUACACGUAAGCACUCCUUUGCAGCAGUGGCACCAUUGUUCCUCCCCUGUGUAGAUGCCAAAUACAUCCCUAUGGUGCAGGAGAGGAAGGACCCUUGUGAUUUAGCCAGGCAUGGGCUGCUGUGUGUUCUGUCCUUAUUCAUUCUACAAUGUGAGCAUUCAUUGAUCUAUCAUCAUGGCAUUCUCUGACCCAGUUAAAAUCAGUGAUGAUGAUAAAUUAUUGAUGUGUUGGAAACAUGAACAGUUUCCUAGUGGUUAAAAAACAACUAUGAAAUGAACAACCUAUAUAUUGGAUGCAUUCAUUCCAAGAGUAAAAUCAUCACAUAACUUGUGUGCAUGCUUUGAAACACCCCAAACAAACAGAUAGCUAGUGUCCUUCUUGUCACAUCUUAAAUAAUUUGAAGUCAAGUGACAUUACUUGGUUAAAAGUGUGUCUACUAAUAAUGUUAUUGCUUGCUCUUUAUUUCCUGAGACUAAUGGAGUAUUUUGAAGUUUCUUUCCCCAAAACACUAAUUUGUUUGUGUAUGUGAUCCUUAAUGAUAAUCGGUGGCUUGUCUCUCUUUACUUUUCUGUCUGUUACCGUGAGCCACGUGCCAUGUACCUUAAGACUUAAGAUUCCAUCUUCUAGUUUGUCAGAGGUCUUGUGGAGUGCUUACAUUUGAAACGGUUUCAAGAUUCCUUGUCCUUAGCAGUUAAAAAAGAUGUCAAAUAGAGUGUUACUCAUUAAAGCAACACCGUCAUUCUAUUGGUUUCUAGUUAACAGGACAGAGAUUGGGAAAAAAAUAUUUGUAAAUCAUGUGUCAGAUUUGUUAUUCAUUUUGUUUUUAUUAUUAUCUGUUUGUUUUAGAAGAGUCUCAUGUAACCCAGAUUGGCUUCAAUCUCCCUAUGUAGUCCAGAUGACCUUGAACUCCUGAUCCUCCUGCCUCCACUUCCUGAGCUCUGGGUUUACCAACAUACCCCACUUCCAUGGCUUCAUAUAUCUUAUAAAAGAUUUGUAUGAAGAGCUCUCAACAGUAGAAAACAAACCAUUUGAAAAAAGUGGGCAAAAGACUUGACUAGACACUUCACCAAAGAGGAUGUAUGUAUGGCAGAUAAACACAUGAAAAACGUUCACCCACCAGUGACAUGUAUAACUUAUUUACAUUAAAUGUGUGUAGAUUUGGUGUAGUUCAAAAGAUGUUUAUGUAACUAAAUGCAUGGUGAAAGAUGA